ACUCGUGGGAUGAUUAUCGACCCGGGCCCAUUGUACAUGGCACUGCCUACUGUCUUGGAAUGGGUACCAUCAAAAGAAAGGCCGUGUCAAUUGAUUAAAUAUGCGGUUCAUCCUGUUGGUGCAGCCCUCUGGACCCUCACCUUCCCACAUUCGCAGCACAUGUACGCCACAUUUCUUUCAUUUGCAAGCAUAAAGUGUCACACGAAGCACCUUUUGCUCUGCCGUAAUUGCAAUUGAGAAUUAUGUUGCCCCUUUCGUUGUUGGGCAUUGAUGGCACUCUUCAUCUUCAGACGCCUCAUAACGGGGGAGCUGCUUCACGCGCUUUUUUAUUGCCGUGCCAUUACCAUUGGCAAGAACGGCGUGGAGGUGAACAUCCAGAAGGUGUUUUUGCUCGGAUCUUCGGCUUCUCUUCGUGUUGUCGACGAGAGGAACAGAGCCGUCUUCCUGCCGCAGCCAACCACUUCAGAUGCAGGAGCGGAGGCACGCUACAGUUUUGCCUAUGCGCUUGAGAAUGGUCACUGCAACUUUAAAAAGCAAGUGUCUUACCCAGACGCUUUCCCCGGUUACUCACAACCACUUUUGUGUGCAGUUCACAACGGACUCGACAGUCACAACAAGUACGACCUCUACGACCACAACAUCGGCUACGGAAGCGACUACAACUCAACGCUCAUCAUCUACUGUGGGGAUGGAGGUUCGCCAGACGGGCCUGACAGCAGCGGAAGCCCUUCCACAGAACCUAGUAAGCCGAUCAAACCAAAGCCAGAUCCGAGUCCCGGUCUAAAGCCACAACCCGGGGAACCCCAGGAUUCGCCGCCACAACAGCCCCCUCAGGAAUCGACGCAGCCCAAACCUCCAACGCCCCCCCCGGCAGAAUCAAAUCCCAACGAAGAAGGCACCCCAGGUGUGCACGAAGACGAAGAUGGGGCUGACGAAGAAGAUGGUCAAGACGCGAGCGACCACCCCAGUAAUAGUAGUGGCUCCCCUCAUCAAGGGGGUACAGGACCUGGGGGACAGGAACAGACACACGAUAAAAAGCCGGAUGGUGCUACAAGUGGGCCAAAUCACUCGGAGCAGGACCUCCCAGACGACCAAAAACCAGGAGGGACGCCGGGCCUCGAGCCUCCUAACCCGGCAGGCGGCAAAGUUCCUUCCGAUAACAACAAACUGAAGCCUCCUCGACCAUCAGAAACGCCAGCGUUGCAAAACACACCCCAGAUUACAGAGGAGGAGGACUGCCUCAAUAACACUAGACUGGACUUCGGACUCUCAUUCACCAUUUGUACCGCUGCGUUUUUGCUGUUGGACAACAAAGCCCUUCUUCACGUGGACCGGAGGUUGUGCAAGAUGGAGCGGCUGGCGCUCCGUGCCGUGCUCUUGACUGUCGUCGCGGCUAACGUAUUCCGUUCUGAGGCGAGUGGAUUAAAGGCUGAGCCAGAUUUCACAGUUACCAUUACCGAAAAAGGAGUGCAGGAAGACAUGCAGCAGUUUUUUUCGCUCGGACCUUCAGCGACUCUCCGAGUUGUUGACGAGAGCAACAGCGCGAUCCUUCUGCCUGAAGCGGAAGGAGGGGAGGCACAGGACAGCGUAGCGUAUGAGUUUGAGAAUGGACACUGCAACUUCGGUAAAACAGUCGCGUACAAAGACAUGUUUUCCGGGUAUACGCAGCAAGUAUGGGCCCGCUCCCCAGCUGAGGCUGGCACCGGGGAAAAACAUGGCGGAAAAACCUCGAUCUACACAUUUACGAAUCCUCCUGUCGAGUAUUUGAAUGGGGGGGUCAGUUUCUGUGUGCGAUUCAUGACGAAAACCACAGUGACAACAACCACGACGACCACCACACCGACAACGACGACGGCGGCAACAGCUCAGUCCUCAGCACCUACUGUAGGCUCGUCAUCUGACUCCACUGAUAGUGAAGGCUCGACUUCUGGGUCCAGUGGGGAUGGAGGUUCGCCAGACGGGCCUGACAGCAGCGGAAGCCCUUCCACAGAACCUAGUAAGCCGAUCAAACCAAAGCCAGAUCAGAGUCCCGAUGUAGAGCCACAACCCGAGGAACCCCAGCCUUCGCCGCCACAACAGCCCCCUCAGGAAUCGACGCAGCCCAAACCGCCAACGCCCCCCCCGGCAGAAUCAAAUCCCAACGAAGAAGGCACCCCAGGUGUGCACGAAGACGAAGAUGGGGCUGACGAAGAAGAUGGUCAAGACGCGAGCGACCACCCCAGUAAUAGUAGUGGCUCCCCUCAUCAAGGGGGUACAGGACCUGGGGGACAGGAACAGACACACGAUAAAAAGCCGGAUGGUGCUACAAGUGGGCCAAAUCACUCGGAGCAGGACCUCCCAGACGACCAAAAACCAGGAGGGACGCCGGGCCUCGAGCCUCCUAACCCGGCAGGCGGCAAAGUUCCUUCCGAUAACAACAAACUGAAGCCUCCUCGACCAUCAGAAACGCCAGCGUUGCAAAACACACGUACUCCAACUCCCCACAUACGCAGUGCCAACUUUGAUGCGCCCUCUCGCAUGAGACGGCUUUCAGUCGUAGACGCUUCAGAAGUGAAAUAUUUGACCAUCGUCGUGCAUUCCGCUGCGUGGGGCUUUGUAGCCAAGACGCUGUCGCUAUCAGCUGCUCUGUUUUCGGUAGGAGCGACGGUUCUGGCCAGCAACUAG